GACAAAAGAGUAGAAAAUCAGAACUUUACACUCGGGUUACAUAUUCUUCAAAAUAAUCUUUAUUAAUAUAAAGUCUUUUUCUCCUGACAUUUAUUGCUAUAUAAGUUCUGUUGCUCUUGACAGCCAGUAGUUACCGUAGCAACUAGUAACAGUAGGCUCGUCCCCUUUUGCCAUCUUUAACUCUGGGCCUGGACUGAUGUUAACACCAGCUUGAUCUUCUCUCUUGUUAUUUCUGCUUCAACUUUUGAUAAAAGCUUGUUCCAGUCAGAGAGAUGAAGAAGCUCUGUCACCUGUAUAACAACAUCCUGAUAGUCAGCAUUUUACUGAUUGUCUUCGGUCCUCCAGGUGCUGUGGCUCAUUGUAGUCAUUUUACAGGCAUGCAUGUGCAUGUACCACCUGAGAUACUAGCUCUGUCUGGAUCUUGUGUGGACAUCCGAUGUAGAUUUGAUACUGUGCCAGAAUUUAACAGCACAAAGACCACUUAUGGAAUCUGGAUGAAAUAUACUAAGAAAUAUAAAAAUGUUGAAGAAUCUCAAAUUUAUUAUAACAGCAGCGGAUCAAUGAACACCCAUAAAAUGGAAAUCAUUGGAGAGCUGUGGAGGAAAAACUGCACAACUCGGAUUUUUGAUGUAACACCAUUUCAUACAGACUUGUACAUGUUCAGAAUUGAGAACGAGGGAAUGAACGCAACAUAUUGUGAAGAUUUUUUUAUGUUAAGAGUUGUAGAUUCUCCUUGGAAUCACACCCUUGAUGUUUAUGGAAGUAAUCUGAAGGAGCAUCAGUCUGUAACUGUAUCCUGCUCAGCUUUUACUCCCUGUGUACACUCACCUCCUGAACUCACCUGGAAUCUCAAAAGAGACUCUAUCAGACAAAUAUUGACUAACACAGACGGAAACAUUACAACUAAAAUCCAGGAGAACAUCACUCUGACAUACAGACACGAUGGAUACAAAAUCAACUGUUCUGCAAGAUAUCCUGUGACUGGAGGAUUCAAACAGUCACCAGAGUCAGUAAAGACUCUCAGUGUUUCACAUUCUCCUAAAGAAACCAGGGCAUCCAUCAGUCCGUCAGGUUUGGUGUCAGUAGGUACCUUGUUGGAGCUGAGCUGCUCCAGCAGAGCCAAACCUCCGAUCAGUAGAUUCAGCUGGUUCAAGAACAGCAAAGAUGGAGUCACUAAAGUAUCUGAGGUUCAGGUUCACCGCUUCACUGCCACUCCUACUGAUGAAGGAGACUAUUACUGUGAGGUCACAAAUAGUCUGGGUAGUGAGACAUCGAGAAGUGUCUGUGUUGACAUCUUUGAUGCUCCUUUUAUUCCGAGCAUUAAUAUCCCUGUUGGUGAAUUGAAGGAGGAUCAGUCUAUCACUAUAACCUGCUCAGUUUCAACUCCCUGUCCACAAUCACAACCUGGACUCACCUGGAAUCUCAAACAAGACUCUCUCAGACAAACAGAGAAAAACACAGAGGGAACAUUCACAACUAAAAUUCAGGAGACCAUCACUCUGUCCGACAAACAUGAUGGAUACAUCAUCAGCUGUUCUGCCAGACAUCCUGGAGAUAAAAAAGGCAAGACAGCAAAGACAGAAGUGACUCUCACUGUUUCAUAUGCUCCUAAAAACACCUCAGCAUCCAUCAGCCCAUCGAGUUUGUUGUCAGAAGGUAACUGGGUGGAGCUGAUCUGCUCCAGCAGAGCCAAUCCUCCAUCCAGAUUCAGUUGGUUCAAGAAAGGCCCCGAAAAAUUCAGUAAAAUAUCUACAGGCAUCAUUCUCAGGGUUAAAUUCACUGGGGGCAAUGAGUACUACUGUGAAGCUGAAAAUGAGCUGGGUAAACAGAGAUCAUCACCAAUAACGUUCAGAUCACAAGGAACAACAGGAUCCCUGAUUUAUGUUUUAUUAGGAGUCGUGGGAAUGGCAGCUCUUGGCAUUAUAGGAUUCGUCCUUAACAAAUGGUACAAACAGACCUCUUGAUCUAGUCCGGCUUCUUAGUUAAAAAUAAAGCAUUUCAACCCACUUCAACCCUGUCAGUGUUAGAGAAACAUCAUGCAGUCAC